GCAUUGCCGCCGCGGCGGCCGCCGGCCUUGUGGCACCCGCUUUCGUCCCCGUCUUCGCAGGCGCACGUGGAGCAACUGCUUCGCACUUGCGUGGUUCCGCCACAGCUGCCGGUACAGGCUGCGGCAGGGGUGUCGCUGGCGUUGCUGGCGGUGCCAUCGCCGUGGCCGCUCUUGCAGCCGCACAGCGCCCGGCGCGCACUGCACAGAAGGCAGCCCGCCGCGAGCUGGCUGUGGCCUACGAGGACUCUGGCAUCGAUCUCUUGGACAAUGGCAAGUUCGCGCAGGGCCUGGUGGGCGCUGAAGGAGCCUGGGGCCGAUUCGAGUUCGACCCCCUUGGCUUCUCCACGAAGACCGAAGUGGUCCCUUACCUCCGUGAGGCGGAGCUGAAGCACGGGCGCUUGGCGAUGCUUGCGUGGGUCGGCAUGGUCGUCCCGGACUUCGUUCGCUUGCCUGGUGAGAAGUUCUCCUUCGAAGCCGUGCCAGUCUCCAUCGAUGCUCACGAGGCCUUCCGUGGUGCCAGCGGCGUGAACGCCCAGAUCUUGUUCUGGAUCAGCAUCGUGGAGCUCUGCUGCGCGAAGAAGGUCUUCGAGUGGAACUCUCUCGAGGUUGCAGGAGACUACGGCCUGACCAACUGGUUCCCCAGCGACGAAGAGGGCCAGAAGAAGAUGCGCCUCUCUGAGCUCAAGAACGGACGUCUGGCCAUGCUGGCCUUCGCGGGCGCCGUCACCCAGGCGGCCCUCACCCGAGGAGGUGCUCCACAGUCACACUAUGCCACACUUGUCCAUGCACCGGUCGUGUUCGCGCUUCGAGCCUCCGAGGCCCAUGCCAAGGCCGCCGGCGAGGUGCCCGACCAGCCAGCAGCCACGUCGGACCUCAGCUCGGAUGGCUACGGGUCCUACGACUUGCUGGCAACCGUGGCUGCGGCAGGUGAUCGUAUGGCGCCUCUGGGCAGAGUUCAGGCCAUCUUUGAUUCCCAGCAGAAAGAUCUGAACUCUGUGUGGGAUGACAUGCGGGACAAAGUCUGCCACUCGCUGAUGCCAGGCAGACCACAGCAGGCAACUGCAGGCAUCGCGACGCCGACAAGCUGUGCGAACAGCGCUUGCUCUAGCCGUACACCGGCAGCCAAGGCACCGCCUACAGUGGCGCAUGGCGAACUUGUGGAGGCUGGCCAUAUGCGCGAGCACGCGUGUUGGCUCUGGUCGCGCCUCGGCAGUUCUCUGAUGAGCCUGGCCGAUCGCAAUGCGUGGCUUGAGGACGAGAACAAGCGUUUAAGACAGGAGUUGGAAGAACUGUCGCACAGCAUCAAGAAGGCAGAGGAGGCCUGCGAUUACGCCGAGGCAGAACCCGACCCCGCAGGCUGCCCCAGCAUCAUCCCAUGGUACUCGCUGAGCCUUCAGGCCACCAAGGCAGGGCAACUUCAGAGGAUGAGGUGCACGCACAUCGAUGCAGCCAUGGCGAAAGCCUCCUGUGCCAAGUUGGGAUAUUUUCAGGACAAUUACACCGAGCAGCUCAUCAAGCAGCGGUCGCAAUGCAAAUCCCCGCUGAUUCAUCGAGGCUACUGGUCGCGAGUUGAGGCCAUCAGGAAGACUGUCACGCAGUUUCUGCGGCGAGCUCCAAGUGGUCCAGUUCAGAUUGUCAAUCUCGGCGCUGGAUUCGACACGAUCUACUUUUGGCUGAGAGAGGAUUCCACGCGAUGGAGAGAUGACCUCGUGUAUUUUGAGGUAGACUUUCCAGAGGUCCUCAGCAAGAAGAUCAGUGCGAUCAGCAAGCGGCAGGGCCUAUGGCCACUCCUGGAUGUAGCUUCUUUGGAGGACUUGACGCACAGAAGCUCCUCCGGCAUGAAAGAGAUCAGGACAAAGCACUGCCGCCUGAUCCAGGCUGACAUGCGAAUAGUCCCUGAGAUGAAUGCAGCCAUCUUGGAUGCAGGGUUUCGAGGUGAUGUCCCCACUCUGUUCAUGGCAGAGUGCGUUCUGGUGUACAUGCAGGCGAUGCAUGGUGACGGUAUCAUAGCAUGGGCGUCCUCCUCCGUACCAUCAGCACCAUCAGCGAUGGUCAUGUACGAGCAGACCAACCCACACGAUCGUUUUGGGAAGGUCAUGGUGCAGAACCUUGCUGAGCGCGGAUGCCCGCUGCUCUCGGUCUUUGAUUAUCCCUCGAUGGAUGCGCAGAAGACUCGCUUCUUGGACAGGGGUUGGAAUUGCUGCUCCAUCGCAGACAUGAAUGAAAUCUAUAGCCGCCACCUUGAUCAAAAAGAAGUGGAGAGGAUUCACAAGAUUGAACUAAUGGAUGAGUUCGAAGAGCCGGCCUCCCCAGCCUUGCAGCGUUCAGGGUUUGCUUGGGAGGAGCCAGGCUCAACACAUUUGCAGCUGUGCAGUCCCAGAUCAAUAGUCAGCCAUAUGUGCUCGUUGUCGGUGAGACCUCUCUCUAACUGA